AAGUCAGAUGUACCGCUGGCGAAGCUACUUCGUCGGUGACUUCUUGAUUCCGGCGAGGUUUUCGCAUCGGGGGCGACGGAGAAGCUUCGAUCAAUGCAAGGCUCUGAUACAAGAAUUUGAUGAAGAUGAUGAAUCAGAGAUCCUCCAUAUGAUGAAGAUGAUGCAAAUCAUGAUUUCAACUAGAUUGAAAUGCCAAAAAAUCUAGUUAUUUGCCUUCCCUUGAAGAAAUUAAAGUUUAUGGAUUUAAAGGGGACGAUGAUUAGUUGGAAGUAUUUUCUGAAAAAUGCUGAAGUACUGAAUAAGAUCCCUCUAACUUUCUGCCUCAGAUUUGGAAGCUAUUAUUGUGGCUUUGAGCAGCCAAUUUGUUGGAUUUUCAAGCUGAAAAUUAGCUUUGUCUUCUUGGAGCUUGGAUUGACAUCUUUGAUCAUCUCCAACCUCUCUCUCUUUCUCUCAGAGAGCACCACAGAAAUCAUGACUUCAGUGUCGAAGCAUCUGCAACCUUUGAAGGAGGUGAAUAUUGGACAUGGAGAAGAUAGAAUCAGCAGCCUGCCAGACUCGCUUCUCAUUUACAUUCUUUCUUUCAUUCCAACCAAAUUUGCAUUCAGAACCACCGUCCUAUCCAAAAGAUGGAAGGACCUGUGGGCAUUUGUCCCAAAUCUUGACUUUGAUGGAUUGAUGCUUGAUGCUCCGAUGCAGACUCCUGAUUAUGAUAAAAGUUUCAUGAAUUUUGUCACCAAGGUAUUUUUCUUUCACAGAUCGCCGUGUAUUAAAAGAUUCCAUCUGAAAGAUGGUGGGGGAAUUGAUGUAUCCCGUGUACAUACAUGGAUAAGUGUUCUUACUGCGCGUGGUGUUGAAGAGGUUGAUAUCGAAAUGUACACAAGGCAGGAUCUUAUUUUGCCUCAAAAGCUCUUUUGUUGCAAGACACUGGUGGUCUUGAAGCUAAUAAAUGAACUGAAAUUCAAUUUUCCUACCUCGGUUUACUUGCCGAACCUCAAGAUCCUCCAUGUUUCACUUCAUUAUCCGGAAAAUGACAUAACACAGAAGCUCUUCACUAGCUGCCCGAUGCUUGAGGAUUUGCACUUAAGAGCAAAUGUAGUGGAUGAGUCGGAAAUGAUUUUUGAUGUCUCUUCGCCCGCUCUAAAGAAAUUAAAGUUCCAUUUGAUUACGUUUCUGGAAUGUGAACACUUUGAUAGGGGAAUGAAGCUUUCAAAGAACAAGAUUGUUGUCAAUGCACCAGUUCUUGAACACCUGACUGUUCGUGAUGAUUACUUGCCUUGCUACUCGCUGAACAACCUAUCCUCGUUAGUUAGAGCAUAUAUAAAUGUUGGAUACUGCUGUAUAGAACUGCUCGGAACAAAGGAACAUGCUAAUAAACUAUUCAUGCUUCUGGAAGGAAUCACUAGUGUCAAGUUUCUAUCACUAGCUGCAGCAACUAUGGGGGUUUUGGAAUUUGCCGACGAUUACAAGUUGCCGCUAUACCCAAAUUUGACUAAUUUGGAACUGGCUGUUCACAAUAAUUAUAGCUGGAGAAGGCUACCAGACUUGCUUGAUUGUGUUCCCAAACUAAAAACUCUGACAUUGUUGAAGGAUCCUUCAUGCGAUAAAAAUGGUGUAAAAUAUGAUUUCGACUGGAUUGAACUGCUACGAGAAAUGCCUAGUUGUUUCUCUUUCCUUGAGGAAAUCAGAUUCGCUGGAUUUAAGGGAGAUGAUGAUGAGUUCAAGCUAUUGAAGUAUUUUUUGGAAAAUACUGAAGCGCUGAAUAUGGUGAGAAUUGAUUUUUGCAAUUUAACUCGAGCCAAAGAGAGGAAAUUUUUCAAGAGUAUACGAAAGUUUCGAACGGCCUCAAAACUUUGUGAAAUCGAUUUAUUUUGUGACACGAAAGAGUAGUGGGCAAUUUAUUAGCAAGUUUGUGUAUGCUAAAGUUUUAUUUGCACUUUGUAUGUUGUGAGAUGAUAAAACUUAUUUUACAAUUUGCUUAAUAGUUAUUCAGUUUUGGUUAUAUUGAUUUUCUUUAAUUGCAUAUUUA